AUGCUGGCCCCUGCCACUGGGGCAGUACCAUCUGCUCUUGCUGCAGCUUGUGAUCUUCCUUGCCCUUCCCUUGAGAAAUUGGAGAUUACUGGCUGUCCCCGUCUGAGUAGCCUGCCUGAGGGCCUGCAUUUCCUGCCGAAGCUUGAGCACCUCACACUGCAAGACUGCUCCACCAUGAUUUUUACAGAAUGGAGCCCAUUAUUCUCUCUUCAGCUCUCUGUCACGAUCAUCAUCAUCUCCAACACAUUCCAGAACAUUAAAUGCCUCCCAGAGUCAUUCCUUUCCCUCAGCCACCUGCGUCACUUGGAGCUACGCCACCUCCGAUUAGAUGAACAGCUCAUAGCCCCGUCUGCUGUAACUGACGCCUCUGCUCGAGCCCAUGCUAGUUUGAGGCUUCUGUCAUCUCUUGUUCACCUCGGCAUUUCCAACAGUUACCUUCCCGCACUGCCGAGUAAUUUGGACGAGCUCAGAGAGCUGAAGGUGCUGUUGCUAGACAGGUGCUAUCUCAUUUCCUCCCUUCCACCUGCCCUGUGCAAUCUCUCCAAGCUUGAACACCUCAGUCUCGACUCGCUCCCUCUAACACAUCUUCUGGAGAAUCUUGGUCAGCUAACGGCUCUCCGCAGGUUGACUCUGCAGUCGUGCAAGUCUCUGCCAGGGCUGCCCUCCUCCCUCACUCUGCCGUCAUCCCUCAGACUGAUGACCAUUGCAAACUGCCCCAGAAUCAGCAGCCUCCCAGACUCUAUCUCCUCCCUCUCGCAUCUCACCUCUCUGGAGCUCAGAAGUCUUCAUGGUCUGUAUCUCCUCCCCUCCUCCUUCGCUCUCCUCCCAUCGCUUGUCAAGCUCUCACUUCAAGGCUGCAAGUGGCUGCGGGCUCUGCCUGACGGUCUGGGCAGUUUGUCUUCUCUGAGGGAGGUGGAUCUGGGUGGAUGCGCCCAAUUGAAUGAGCUACCGCAGUCGCUGCAGAAGAGAAUGAAUGUGAUUGAAGUGAAGGGCAGAUGGGGCAAGCGCAGAGGGCAGAGGGGGCCGCAUCAGGGAGAAGCCGUUUACUAG